AUGUCGAUAGAGGAUUACCAGCGGAACCUGAGAGGUGUUAAUGAUGGUACUAACUUUUCGCCCGAGUUCUUGGUGGGUGGCUUUCUGCUGUUGAAGAUCUAUGGUGUUCACUCCCAGCAGCAAAGCGUUUACGAUUCCAUAUGCAAACGUGAAAUUGUUAUGCCUGAAGAGCAUACUGGCCAACUCAGCUUCGAGUACGCCUGGAAAGAACUGCUCACCCGUUCACGACAAUCGGGGAAGUUGAUGACGGAGUGGGAGCAGGGCGUCUCAAAAGCUGACAACAAACCCGAAUUGGUCGAUAUGGCCCCUGCGUUGUCUGCAUUCAUGGCCAUUAAGGACGAAGAAGAAAUGACAUGCAUCCGUACGGCGGCUAAUCUCACUUCUACCUUGCUCGUUCACCACAUCGUGUUAAAACUGGAGAUGAUAUUGGACAAGGAAGCUAAGAUAACUCAUGAACAAUUUGCUACUCAGAUAGAGGCGCGACUUGGGUCGGGUGAAGGUGAAGUUGCCAAAGGACCUGAUAUGAAGGUGUGGAGUAAAGGGCAGGGCCUCAAUGAUGUUGACUGGGCAUCGACGGAGAUCUGCUACUCUCCCAUCAUUCAGUCGCGGUCAACAACCACUAGUUAUGAUUUGCGAUCGACUGCGGAAUCAUCUUCGGACACUAUCGCACACAAAGGCGUCUUCCUAAUUGCCGUUGGUAUGCGAUACAAGGGUUACUGUGCCAAUCUUGGGCGCAGUAUUAUUGUUGACCCCUCGAAGGAACAAGAAGCCAUUUACAACUUACUGUUGUCGAUGCAGAGCGAGAUGCUGAAGGAAAUCAAGGAUGGCGUCAGCGCACGUGAAGUGUAUCAAUGGGCAUUGGACAUCGUGAAAAAGGAAAAGCCAGAGCUUGAGAAGAACUUUGUCAAGAAUGCUGGGUUUGGAACCGGCGUUGAGUUCCAUGAUUCCGCGUAUUUGCUUUCUUCUAAAAACUCCAAGCGCCCGAAGACGGAUAUGGUUUUAAACCUGUCUCUUGGCUUCUCCGACUUGCUUGAUGACAACGGCAAGAAAUACGCCCUCCAUAUAGUUGACACUAUUCGCGUUGGCGCUGACAGAUCAACUCUUUUGACUGAAGGCGCCAAAUCCACCAAAGACACGCUCUUCUUCCUAAAUCCUGAAAAUGAAAUUGAGGUGGAAGAAGAUAAGCCGUCCAAACCCAGUAAGAAGGCUCCUGUGAAGCCUCUGGUAAACGGUUCCCCCGUCAAGAACAAGACAGUUGGUGGGAAGGUGUUGCGAAACAAGACGCGUAGCGCUGCCCAGGAGGAAGUUUUAAUGACUGCAGCGGCCAAGAUCAAGGAACAUCAGCAACAGCUGCAUGAAGGUCUCCAGUCUGCUGGAUUGGCGAAGUACUCUGAAGGUGCUAGCGGUGGCGGUGAAAAGGAGGGUAAAACCUGGAAGCGUUUCCAAAGUUAUAAGGGUGAAAGCGCACUGCCACGAGAAGUUGAAAACCGCAAAGCUCAAACGAUUGUGCUGCCCGUGCACGGAUUCGCUGUACCUUUCCACAUCAACACUAUCAAGAAUGCGAGCAAAAAUGACGAAGGGGAUUACACGUACCUCCGCAUCAACUUCCAGACUCCUGGUCAGCUCGCCGGGAAGAAAGAUGACACGGUAUUGCCAAAUAGCCUUUUGAAGACCCUGACUCUACUUUCAUUCGUUCGGUCAAGUGAUGGCCAUCGUUUCGAUACUAUUUCCAAACAAAUCACAGACCUAAAGAAAGAGGUCAACAAGCGCGAGCAGCAGAAGAAGGAAAUGGCUGACGUUAUCGAGCAAGAUGUCCUGCUCGAAAUCAAAGGUAGACGUGCGCACAAGCUUCCUGAAGUGUUCGUCCGCCCCGCCCUUGAUGGUAAACGGUUACCCGGUGAGGUUGAGAUCCACCUCGGCAAAUAG